AUGGAAGGAAUGGCACAACCUGGAGAUGUCAUGUUUGGAUUCAUUGUCCCACUCCAUUUGGACAGGGUUUAUGAAAAAGUUUCCUUCGCCACGAGACCUCCAAAGAUUCCCUGUACAACAUUUUAUGUUGACAGCUAUCAACAGAUCCAGGCAUUGGUAUUUGCAGUGGAAGAGAUCAACAAUAACCACAAUAUUCUACCCAACACAACUUUGGGCUUCCAGGUCUACGACUCAUGUAAUGUUCUUCAGUAUGACUUGGAGGGUGCUUUGCAGAUACUGACGGGAUCAAACACAGCCAUCGCCAACUAUAGAUGCCUUAAAAACAUUCCGGAUACUGCUAUUAUUGGAGCAGCCAUCUCCUCCAACUCUAUUCUCCUGGCUCAUGUUCUGGGACUCUUCCGGUACCCUCAGAUCAGCCAUUUUGCAACAAGUCGCCUAUUAAGUGACCACAAAAAGUUUCCAUCAUUCUUUAGAACGGUUCCCAGCGAUUUGUUUCAGUCUCAAGGGCUGGCUAAGCUUGUGUUAUAUUUUGGUUGGACCUGGGUAGGCCUGGUGGCUGUGGACAAUGACUAUGGUCAGCAGGGUAUUCAAGUGAUCAAGCAGGAGAUUACCAAGGCUGGAGCUUGCAUUGCCUUCACCGAAAGCAUUCUUGCAAGUCAAGGUGACCGCAACGCUGUCCACAUAGUUAAGGUAAUUCGUCAGUCUUCAGCCAGAGUUGUCAUUGUCUUCUCCACAAUACUUGACUUGAUUCCAGUUGUGCAAGAAAUGUUGAAGCAGAAGAUUGAUGGGAAAACAUUCGUUGCCAGUGAAGGUUGGUCAACAUCCCCAUUUUAUGCCACAGCAGAGGUUUAUAAAAUUUUCUCUGGCACGGUUGGAUUGGCCCUGUACAGUGGAGUGAUUCCAGGAUUUGAAGAUUUUUUAAGCAAGUUUCACCUUUUCAAUGGUAUGGGAAGCAAUUGGUUGAAGAUGCGUUGGGAAGAAACUUUCAGUUGUGAAUUCGGAGCUACAAAAACGUAUGGAAACUCCUCAAGCGUGAUGGGUAAAGUGUGCACAGGAAGAGAGUCUCUGGAUGGAACCCAGAAUGGCUACCAUGAUGUAUCCAAUUUGAGAAUUCCAUACAAUGUCUACACAGCAGUGUAUAUCAUAGCUCAAGCAUUAAGCGAUCUUGAAGGCUGUAGACCAGGUGCAGGACCAUUUCUUAAUGCUGGUUGCACAAGUAUUAGGAACAUAAAGCCAUGGCAGCUCUUAUACUACAUGAAAAAGGCUAGAAUCACACUGAGCAAUGGCCGAGAGCUUUACUUUGAUGAGAAUGGAAACCCAACCGCAUUCUACGACAUUGUGAACUGGCAGGUGAACCCAGAGGGCGGCAUACACUGGCUCAAGGUCGGAAGUUAUGACACUGCAGCAUCUCCUAGUGAAAUGUUCACUAUUAACAAAAGUGCUAUCCUCUGGGCGGAGGGGGAGAACCAGGUCCCCGUCUCUGUCUGCAGUCAAAGAUGUCCUCCAGGAUUUCGGAAGGCUGCCAAAACAGGAAAGCCAGCCUGCUGCCUCGAAUGUGUUCCUUGUACUCAAGGAGAGAUUUCCAACCAGUCAGAUUCCUUUGAGUGCUACAAGUGUCCUUGGGAUAAGUGGCCAGACCUUCAGAAAACAAGAUGUCUUCAAAAGAAUAUAGAUUACCUCUCCUAUGAAGAUUUCCUUGGACUUACUUUGGCGAUCAUCAGCAUCGGGUCCUCUUUGGUUCCAACCGUGAUUCUCAAAAUUUUGGCAAAGAAUAAACACAGUGCCAUAGUGAAAGCCAGCAAUUAUUCUCUAAGUUGCCUGCUUCUCGGAUCUCUAUCACUGUGCUUUCUCAGUGCCUUGAUUUUCAUUGGGUCCCCCAACGGGGAGAGCUGUCUGCUACGCCAGCCUACAUUUGGCAUGACUUUUGUCCUUUGCAUAUCGUGUAUCUUGGCCAAGACAAUCAUGGUGUUGUUUGCAUUCAUGGCUGUCAAACCAUUGAGCAGGCUGAAGAAAUGGACCAAUAUUCGAGUGGCUUACGCAAUUACAACACUUUGUUUCUUACUACAGGUAAUCUUGUGCAUUCUGUGGCUGUCUCUAGCUCCUCCGCACCCACAGUACAGCACUCACAUUUACCCAGAACUCAUUAUUGCUGAGUGCAAUGAAGGCUCUACUUUUGCUUUCUGGAUCAUGUUGGGUUACCUCUUUCUCCUAGCCACUAUAAGCUUCAUUGUUGCCUUCUUGGCUAGGAAACUUCCCGACAGUUUCAACGAAGCCCAGUUUAUCACAUUCAGCAUGCUGGCCUUCCUGAGUGUCUGGAUAUCUUAUAUCCCAGCAUCCCUCAGUGCUCAUGGCAAAUACACAGUGGCCAUGGAGAUCUUUGCCAUUUUGGCUUCCAGUUGGGCUAUAGUCCUCUGUAUGUUCCUUCCUAAAUGUUUUAUCAUAUUGUUUAGACCACACAUGAACUCCAGGGAAAUACUGAUGAAGAGAGAUGGGGCUAACCCACCACCCUCUUGCAAAAUACAUAAACCCUAUGAGUGA